AUGUCCAAAGACGACAACAAUAGUGAUGAUGGGGCACCGAAGCCAUAUAGUGGCCCGCUUUUAUUCAUCAACAAGACUUCGGAGACCCUGGGUAGAAGUCGAGACGAGAGUUUCACUAUUUCCUCGCAUGUGUCCAAGACACAUCGCAAGUGGUUGAAAGAGGAGAGGCUCAGGCGACUGCAUGCAUCUAGCAGCAAGGCUGUGGCUGCCCAGCGAUCUAUUCUUCCAGCAGCAACAUCGCGAACGCCAGGGGUCGGUCCAUCAACUGACGCCCCAGUGGAGGAUCACUCUGUACCUGAACGGACAGUCACCGGCCCCGGUCAACUGCAAGACGAUGGUAGUGCCUAUCGCGCCAUUGUACACCAUUCAUCGGGCGAGGGGUUUCGUGGCGACGAACAUAGUCAGCCUGUUUACCCAUUUGAGGAGAGCAGCCAAGAAAAUAUUGACCAACAACGAACGGCGCGGUCCGGAGUAUGGAGCAAGCGUACUUUGGCAAUCAAUAGACCCUCUUUGACCUUCUGGAAGGGCAAUUAUGACCCCUUUUCGGCAGCUGCAGUGCCUCUGACUCCGCCAGACCACGAGAUCAUCCGACUAGCUCAGCGGUUCUUCGUAUUCGUGGCCUGGCCAGACAAGACAAGCGCAGUGUGGAGGGCCCCAAUAGCCGACACUUCCAGUUCCCACAUCCAUCUUCGCAAGAUUAUUGCAGAUGAAGCUGAAGUUCAUGCCAUCCUUGCCGCAGGCUAUGCUGUAAACGGAGAGCUCUCGAAGCAUGAUGCCAAGAGGUCUAUGACCCGGCAGCUGUUGCAUAAAACCAAAGCCGUGGCGCUCCUUCGAGAUCGGCUUGCGAAACAUGGCUUCUCACCCAGCGUCACCACGUUAAUUCGCCUCCUCAUUUCUCUUGACUUUCACGUAUCCGAUGAUGAAUCGGCCCUGGUUCAUUUACGUGGCCUCUGGGCCAUGGCGUCGACAACACCAGGAGUUUUGUUGGAUGCCCAAGAGCUGCUCCUGAUCAGUGACGCUUGGAUCUCUAUCUCACUGUUGAAGAGACCUGAAAUAUCCCCGGAUCGUUACGAUCCCGGGACGCGCUCACAGCACCUGUUCGACCAAGCUCUUCGAGUGCUGGAAGAUGAGCAUGGCAUUGCUGUGACAGCCGGUGCCAAGAGCGCAGUACCCGAGGCUGCACUGGAUGAAAAGAUGUGGAAGCUGUUGGCAGGCGCCCACGAGAUCGUCAAUACAAAGAUGAUAGCAGGCAAGAUCCAUGAUUCCAAAUUGCAAGAAGAGGUCGUGCAUUGGAUAAACAGACGAAGCAGUGCCGUUACUGGAUAUUGUACCACAGGAUACGUCACUGCGACUGAACUAGCUCAAUCACCAAAGCUGGAUCAAGCAAACAAAGUCAAGCAAACAUUGAUGGCCGCCGCAUGCCUCUGUGCGAUGAUGUUCAUGAAUCUCAAGUUCCUGGACUUGCCGCACAAUUACAAUUUCAGCAAGACAUGCCAAAAGAUCGAGCAGGUCCUUCGGGGUGUAUCGCAGCCGUUAGCACAAUACAGCCAACCAGCGCAGGAUAGCGACUACUUGUGGCUCUUGUUCCUGGCCGCGAUGGGCAACGACAUUUUUACAGCGAGGGGCGAUAUCCCCUAUUCAGCGUGGCCGGCCACAGAGUUUCACCGUGUGUGCGAGCGUCUGGAAAUCACAGAACAGCAACGGCCAGCAGCAACGGCAAUCCUCCGCCGGUACCCGUACUACGCGGAAAUGGACAUCUUCAUCCUCGAGUUGCUUGUCCAGAAGGCGCCGCGCCGACACAUCAUACCAUGGUCGAGGUGGUGUGUUAUCCUGAAUCAUGCUUGA